CUCGUGGUGAUCAGCCUGGAUGCUUCUCCCAGCUCUGGAUUUAUGGGACGCAGCUGCUGAGCGGCUGACAGACGUGUGAGGAGCUCCAGCACUGCUGCCUCUCAAGCUGCUGGGAGCAGCUCAGGAUCUGCUGCUUUGGAAAGAGGACUGCUGUGUCUCAACACGCAACCAUGGUUCGGGAGCAGUAUGUCACCACCACCCAGGGCAGCAGCUCGCCACAGACUAUGCCAGACCAUGUCUACAAGAUCGGCAUCUAUGGCUGGAGGAAGCGUUGCCUCUACCUGUUUGUUCUGCUGCUCAUUGUGAUCCUGGUGGUCAACUUCGCCCUCACCAUCUGGAUCCUCCGGGUGAUGUGGUUCAACACGGAAGGGAUGGGACUUCUUGAAGUACACUCUGAUGGAGUGAAGCUGGAAGAAGGACAGUCAGAGUUUCUUUUCCCGGUCUAUGCUCAGGAGAUUCACUCCAGAGAAGAUUCCUCCCUGGUUGUGCAUUCAUCAGAAGAUGUUUCCCUCAACGCCCGCGAUGAGAACGGGAAUGUUACGGCGAGGACAUCCGUGGGUCCAAAAGAGGCCCAGGGACAUACUCAGAACGUUCUCAUCAACUCCCACAAUGACAACAUGCUGUUCAGUUCAGAUGGCGAGCAGACUGUGAUCGGUCCGGACAAACUCAGAGUCACAGGGCCUGAGGGAGCUUUAUUCCAGCAUUCUGUGGAGGUUCCACUGCUAAAGUCAGAACCAUUAAAAGACCUAAAGUUGGAGUGUCCGACCCGCUCUGUGACUGUGGAUGCACCAAAAGGAGUUCAUCUCAAAGCUGUGGCUGGAAACAUCGAAGCUGCUUCCAACAUGGACGUCCUCCUGGAGUCGAGUGUGGGGCUGCUGGUGCUGGAUGCUGAGACGGUGCGCAUGCCAAGCCUGCCGCUGAGCAAGGGAGGCGUUUCUGGAAAUACUCAGGGUCUCUAUGAGGUCUGUGUCUGUCCCAGUGGAAAGCUCUUCCUGUCCAAGGCUGGGAGGACUUCCACUUGCAGCGAGAAUCAGGACUGCUAGACAGACUCUGACAAGGUCAUCGACUUUUCAUCUCUCUGAAGAUGGAUCUUCUGGGAGGCAACAAGCACAACUGUUUAUAUGGAGCGCAAGUUUGCUUCCUUUCUAGUCUUUUUAAAGCUCAUACCCAAGUGGAUCUGUGGUUUCCCCACUUGCAUAUCUAGUUGUGUAAAAUGAAAAAAUGCUUUUGGCACGCAUGUCACAGAUUCCCAGAAAUACAUAUUUUACAGUUGAAGUGAUGCCGACUUGCUUUCCAGUUUAAAAGGGUGUGCGGCACAGAUUUGUAAGAAUGUUUUUACACGAAUAGUAUCAUGGCUGGGCAAUGAGGAGCUGGUAACAGCUUACAUCCUAUGCAAUAUUAUCUUGUGGUGCAAUAAAUAAAUGAAUACAUGUUAAGGCCUUGGAAAACAGGGAAUGAAAUAGUUCUAGAAUAUUUUAUUUUAGAAAUAUUUAUUUUAGGUGAUUUAGCUUUCAUCAGAACCUCCAAGCCCUUGGUAUGUAGUGUUUUUGUCUUAGAGUGCGACUUUAUUUAACGAAGGGGGGAAUUGGUACGUUUUGAAUUUGCUCUAGAGAAUUUAAAGACCAUGUUUUUUGUUUUUAAGUCCAAUGUUGUCAUAUUUUGUAUAUAUAUAAAAUAAAAUAAAAAAUAAAAAAAUAUAUGUUAAUAUCACCAGUUCAGUAUCACAUGAGAGGGAUCUUACUUGUGAAUAUGUAAUUAACGGGGUUAGUUUAGGGAAUGGAUUCACAAAAAUGUAACUUAGGCUCUCCUGUUUGUUUAAUAGGCUGAUUUAAUGUCUAAAGUCAGCUGGAAAUGAAACAUGGAAGCUGAACCAAAACACACUAAAACCUUCGUCAGGGAUACUUGAAUGAAUUGAAAGGGGAAUGAUUGUUUCUAACUGCUUCAGUGCUUUGCAUCAGGGGUGCUUUCUUUUAACAUUUUAUGGAGAACAGGAGCUCAACAUUUGCCUUUGCAGUAUGGAUGGUGUUUGCUAAAAGUGUCUGAAGGGCAACAUUUUCUACAGUUUUUGUGUGUAAUGAUUUAUUUUAUGGGUUUGUUGUAUUGAUUGUGCUGUGUUGGCAUUGUGAGAUAAAAAUGAAGAAAAAUAAAGGUGAUAUGCAGCUCUAAACUCAGGUCUGGCAUAUUUAAAUUAAUGUAACGUUUAUUUAUUCAUUUUGUA